GAUUUACAGCUAACCAGAAUGGUAGAAUACAUAUAUUCAGCGAAGAAAAUUCCGCCAUCUCUACCACGAUCAUUGACACAUGAUGCUGAUGUUCUGUCCUUUCCACGUGUUCUGGUACCAAUAGAAGAAACGUGCUGCAAUUGCGAAGGUAUUGCCCUUAGCAAAGAGAAAUUGAUUACACGGAAAGGAAAGAUAUUUACUUUAACCAAAGUUAUUGAAGAUGUUGAACUAUGUUACAAAUCAUGUCCACAAUGUGGACUGAUAUACCGAUAUCAGGAGUAUACGGAUGGGCUUCAUAACUUUGACGAUUACCAUUGCUUUAGUCUAAGCUUCCUGUUGCUGUUACGAGCAUUUGUCGAGGAGCAUACAGCAUUAGGAAGAGUCGCAUCAGCAGUUGGUAGCACUGCCGGAGUGAAACUUAAUCAAACCGUUGUGCGAAAUGCUUACUAUCACUUCGAAGCUCUUACUGAACACAUAUACGAUUUUACAUGUGUGCUCUGCGGAAAUCACCCUCCACAUCUAAACUGGGAUCUCUGCAAGAAAGGGUGUUUCUCAAUCGCACUUAGCGAUCUAGAUAUUCCACCUGAAUGUGACGACUCAGACCGUGUAAGCAUUAGAGAGUUCUGGAAAAGUGUUGAAGUGAUGCAUUUAGCAAGAGGUGUAAACGCGAACAAGAGUUCCUCAUUUCAAGUGAAGGCCAACUACCAGUUCUGGGCUCCAUGGAUUGGUCCGCACACAAGAAAAGGGGACAGUGCAUAUAACACGGAGUACAGAAAGUGUCAUAGAAUCCCAGAAAGUGACCAGGUGCUUGAGGAUAUGAAUUUAACAACAUAUUCUGAAGAGGAUCUACUGGACAUGAUGAAUUUUGCGCAGGUCCAUGUGUUGCAGAGGUUGUGUGGUCAGCUGGGAGCGAAAGGCAGUUCACAUCUACCCAAAAACGACGUUAUAUCAUUCCUGAGAAAGAAGUUGAAUGUACCAACACACUACAAAAAGAUAUUUACAAAGAUAUGGGGAGCGUCGGGUAAGUGUUUUAAUGACUAGUUUUAUACGUUU